AUGGUCGAUGUAUUAUUUCCGAAUAUGUAUUCAAGAGAUACAAAUGAUUUGUAUCUCAAACAUCGAACUGAACAACUUGAUUCAAAAGUUGCAGAACUUAAAGAGAUAGUAGUGAAAAUUAGUGAUGAAAUAACAUGUCAAAAUACUGAUUUACCGGAAUAUCAAAAAAUGUUUGAUUAUAUCAUUGGUCAAAUCGGGCAAGCACGUCGUCAUAUAACACAACAACCUGAACGUUAUACUUGGAAACUCUAUUUAUAUUUGAUAUUUUUUUCUCUAUUUUCUUUCUUUAUAAUUUAUUUGCUUGUCAAAUAA